CAAUAUCUUUUCCUAAUUCCAAAAUCUUCUCAACCUCCUCCCCAAAAAACAAAAAAACCCAAAACAUAUAAAUCUCUUCAUGCUUAGCCUAUCAUGAGCAACAUCCCUAGAUCUCUCACCGACUCAGAUCUUUCUCUAUUUCUUCUCACAAUCUCUUCUGCUGUUGAUCCUUGGCCUUUCAAUAUCACCGUCUUCUAGCAUCUCUACACUUCUUUAACCUCCUCCUCCUCCUCCUCCUCGUCGUCGAUCUUGUUUACUACUCAAAUCUUUGUGUUUUCUUGUUCGGUUACGGUGAUAAAGGUUGGUUCUUUUUUGAUGGGUUUUGAAGAAAACCAAAAACAGAGCCCAAAACAGAGUCCGAAGCAGAUGGUGUUCAAUUUUCACUUCCAUGUUCCGCAUCUCCACAUACUCCAUCAUCACCACCACCACCACCACCACAACAACCAUCAUGAUGUUCCUAAAGGGUGUGUAGCGAUCAUGGUGGGACACGAAGACGAUGAAGAAGGUCUACACAGGUUCGUUGUUCCUUUGGUGUUCUUGAGUCAUCCUCUGUUCUUGGAUCUCUUGAAAGAAGCUGAGAAGGAGUAUGGAUUCAAACACGCCGGUCCGAUUACGAUCCCUUGCCGUGUUGACAAGUUUAAGCAUGUUCAGGAGAUUAUCGACGAGGAGACUCAUCACCGUCGUCAUAGUCAUGGUCACGGCGGCCACCACAACCAUAGCCACCACAACAACCAUCUCCGGUGUUUCUAAAAGUCUAAUUCGAUUUGGUUUGGUUUGGGGUUUGACAUGUAAUUGGGUUUGAUUGGUUUGGUUUGGUUUGACUAAUCUCGAGAUUUAUUUUUUAGUUUGCUUAAUCUCUUGUUUAGUUUAGUUUGAUGAUGAUGAUAAUGAUGAAAAAACAAAACAUAAGAGCAAUUCAAUGUGAAUGCUUUUUUCUUUUCUUUUAAAGAAUGUAAUCGUGAGGAAUAAGGGAAUAAUCAUAUUAUUUUGAUUUUAAAUUUUA